AAAUCUACUUUCUACAUCUUUCAUUUAGUGGAUAGAACGCUGCGUUUCUAUCCACGUGUUUCCACGACAGGUGACUCCGCCCUGACAACUUUUAUGGGCGUCAUAUGACUUUCGUUGCAAGGUAAAGGUAAUAGAAGAAGUUUAACUCUUAAGUCGAGUCUUUACAGGGUAGAUGUUAUAUCUGUAGAAUUGUCUAUAACGAAGAACUUUGAACAUAAGUCAAUUGCUUUUUCAGACGCAGUAUUUCUGACUAGCGAUAAGAACCUAGCAUCUUAUUGGUUAUAGGCUGUUUUUCAUCAACUUUUUUUGUUUCGAUAAACACAAAAAAUUUUGUUUAAGAAAACUUAAUUAACUUCCUCUCUUUUUACAGGCUCAUUUGCUGGCAACCUCGUCUCCAGGGCUGUUCCUCGCCGUGGAUAUUCGAGAUGGCUUUGUUGGUUAUAUUGUGUCUGUUAAUUGUCUCCUUGCAAGGACUAAAUUUUGCGUUAAGUUGGACAUGUGCACCAAUUGAAAUUUUAUUACCGUUUGUACAAAAUAUUGUGUUGUUGUUUUCAUCUUUUUUAUUUAAAAACAUUAGGCUGCACCCUUGCUUACCAGUUGUUUGGUUAUAAGAAGAAUUAAGCUUUGAGUAAAAUGUCGCUUAUAAAAAGGUACACUGACAUGAAUACAACACCAACCUCGUUCUCAGGGCUUGUUAGCCUUUUUAUAUUUGUACGGCCUAAAAAGCCUAAUGAACCCUUGGGCCGAGGUUGUUAUAACACCAGACAUAAAUUAUUGCUAAGGACGGCAAAAUUUCAAAGCUCUUGACAUCAGCACAAGCAAUUAAUUAAUCAGUUUCUACGUAAUGUAGGCAACACGCACUGCAACCAAUUGCCACUUAGGAUCUUAGCUAAUCUCGUUAGAUCCAAAAUCUUAAAGUGUGCUAAUUUGUCCAACUUUUACGAUUUUACGGUCCUUUAGAAGGCGUGUAGAGGAUUGUUUCAACGCACUUUCGACUUUGGUUACUCGGCUUACACCCAGUACUGACCAAGGAAUUCUGCUUUGCCAUUAGGGGAAAUAGCCCAAAAUCAGUCUUUUGCAAAAAUAUGACUGAAAUUGUGAAAGAUUAAUUAAGUGUCCAAGUGUAUUUUGAAAACUGAGAAGAGAAUUUGAAUGUUUGCAAACCAACAUAAAACAAAAGCGAAUGCAUUUUUUUUGCGAAGUGCGUAACCGCAGCGAAUAUAAAUGUUAGAAAAAUUCCUUGACCGUGUAACUUCGGAUCCUUAAUUUAGAUAUUUGUUCUAACAAUAAUCAGAACUUAUAAUCAUUCAGUCUUCUCGUUAUCAUAAAAGUCAGCCACGAAAAAUCGAACGUAAAUAAUCCAAGUUAACGCAAGAUUUUUCAUCCCCUGCUCGAAACACCAGUUUCAUAGAAAUACUGGUGGUAAAGUUGGUGUUUUUUUGCAGGAUUUAUUUUCCCUAUAUCACAGAGUCUGCUGAAAUAUUGCUUUUAAAGUAUAUUUUUAAAAAAGGGAAAAAAAUCAGAGAUGAAAUGAGUAUGAUUUUGUUCCUCAGAUAUAAAAUGCUAAUAUCACGCUUUCGAAUUACUGUUUCGAACAUUUUCAUCUCGAAUGUGCGUUCGAAAACAUGGCUGCUAAAAAUGUUCCAAAAGACUGUUAACGUAAACGUUCCAAGGACAAAGACAAAACUUAUAUUUUUCGUAAACAAAUGUUAUAACUGGAAUAUGCUAGGUAGGUAGAAAGUGUUGGAAUAAAUUUUACGAUUCUUUUUGUUAGUGGACGGAUAAAAGCACCGUAUUCUUUCUGCUUACGUAGAUUACCUUUAUUUUUAUGCCGUGUGACCAAAAGUUAGCUAGCUGGAUUAUCUUUAAAAUGUCAACAGGUAAAUAAUGCUUUUCCUUCUAUUUAAAAAGCUAGCUAGUAGCAAAUUUUUAAAAACAACAUGAAUAUAUUUUAAACUUACUGCUUCUUUAGAAAUGUAAUUCCAUGUUUUCAUUUUAGAGAAAAACUUGUACAAAAACGUGGAGACACUAUUUUUGGAACUAUAGCUGUAUAGAAUAAAUAAACAAAAAUACGUAUGAUUUUCACUUCAAAGUUGUAUAUAUUCAUAUUUUCUAGAUUAGAUGUUGAGAUGUCGUACACAGAGAAUAAAGAAAACAUGCUAUCAUUUCAUUUGCAACAUUUCGCCAAGAAGAACAAACCCCUCAGUCCUUUUGUUUCAAAGUUACGCUUUCUUCUAAACAGCACGAAAUACCACCACGCUAUACGCUGGUCUAUGGACGGUCGAGCAAUCAUCAUCACAGACAUUGAUACCUUCAAACAAUCUGUUCUCCACAACGAAGAAGAAAUGUUUAAAACUAGAAACUUUACUUCUUUCGUUCGACAGUUAAACCUCUAUGGAUUUCGCAAAGUUCCAAGCAACGGUAAAUCUGAUCCCAUGUCCAACAUGAAGUUUGAACACGUUCAUUUUCGGCGGGAAAGACCAGAUUUAAUGUAUUUGGUACAUCGCACUUGCUUAGGAGGUAAAAGACGCAUAGAUACAUUAUCAACAAGUGGUCUGUUGCGUGGAAAAAGAGUGUUGAUGCCGAACUCUUUUGAUCUAAGAAACACUAAAGACAAUGGCUAUAAAAAACCACCAACACAAGUCAGAUUAAACAUUCCCUGUAAAUUUUCGCAAGUUCCUAAACUUGCACGUACUCCAUUAGGCGUAUCCGUUCUUCAAAAUCUGAAACGGAAGCAUGAACAAAAUUUCACAAUUGUACACGAAACAGCGUCAAUUAAUCCUACCUUGGAUGAUUCGUUAACGUCUUCGCUCGAUAGUUCAAUUAACGAAAGGGAUAUCGAUAUUCAUGGUUUGAAUUCACAUGAUGAACACGAUUACGCGUUACCUGUUCAUGAAUCAAAUCACUGCAAUGAAAUCGACGAAAAGGCAACUUUCAAUUUUUUAAAUCAAACUUUUAACAAUGAAAUCGAAGUCGUACGUGGUCUUCUUAGUUUAAAAGAUGUCAAGCCAAAACAUGAUACUAACUUAGACGGCUUGACCACACUGGCCGAGGUUUCCUUUCAGCUCUCCAACACACCGUUGUUACUGGAGACAAAUUAUAAUAUUCGAAGUCAAUCCAUGGCCACACCAAGAGAAACAUUGCAAUCCUCCUAGAUUACUGACCAAUGCAGCAUGUUUUACACUGGAAGAAUAUGUUUUCGGUUUUAUUUAUGUUUGUUUAAUUCUACUUUUAGUCCUACCAAGAGAAUAUAUAUGAUAGAGUCUGUCAUCGAAGUUCGAGAUAUAUAUCUGCUAUUUUUAAAAAAUGUUAGAAAUUCUCAAUAAUUUUUACAUUACGGAUAGAGAAUGUUCUGAAACAAAUUUCGUAACACAUAGAGU